AUGUAUUGCAUUGUUAAAAAGAUUGCAAUAAAUUUUAAAAGGAAAAGAGUUUCAUAAAUUGUAGUUUAAAAUAUAUGUGACUGUUUGAGGAAUAAUUUAAAAAAGCUGUAGAUUAAUUGGAAACCUUAAAUAAAAAAUUAAUCAACACCUUCAUAUUUUAUGUCCAUUGCUUUAACAACUUAACAUACUGUGGUGUAUAUGUUAUUAUAGCAUAAUAAAAAUUCCUGUAUAAAAUAUCCCAUCUAAAUGAUUAUUAAAUUGAAGAUGAAUAUAAAUGGAACUUUGAGAUUUUAGAUAUUAUUAAAUUAUACUCAUCUAUUAUCAAUAAUUUUAGUAAGCAUUAAAAUAAGAAGAUUGAUUGAAAGUUUGAUUUAAAUCAAUUGA